AUGAAAGACAUAACUGGAAAACAGAUUUAUUAUUGGUGGAGUUUUUUUACUCAGUUAUUAUAUCAACAGCAUGAAGAUCCAGUAAAGUCAGCUAUAAUUCUUAUUGAAAAUAAAUUUCAAUCAAAGAAUUGUAAAUUAUUAUUUGCAAAAAUAUCAGACACUUUAGUAGCAAUUGCUUUCUCUACACCACUUUUUGAUGAAUUAAAAAAUACAAAGGAAGUUCAUCUAGAUGCUACAUACAAAACAGCAAAAGGUUAUUUUGAAUUUUAUGGUUUAAUUGCUGAAAAGAAUAGAACAGGUUUUACAUUAGGGUAUCUUGUUUUAGAUAUUAAACAAGAUGAAAUUGAAUUGACAAGAAUAUCAAUUUUAGUAGAAUUUUUAUUUUAA